AUGACCUCUCUCCUAAGGCAGAUAGUUGCUGGGCCACGAGCGAAACACAAAGAGACCGGCUUAGAUCUCUGCUACGUGACAGACGAUAUCAUCGUAACUUCCGGUCCUAGCCAGACCUACCCCCAACGAGCCUACCGCAACCCCCUCGACCGCGUCGUAGCCUUCCUCGAUGCUAAACAUGGCGAGAACUGGGCCAUAUGGGAAUUCCGGGCUGAGGGCACAGGGUAUCCAGAUGAGGCUGUCUAUGGGAGGAUACGACAUUAUCCGUGGCCUGAUCACCACCCGCCACCCUUUCGGCUGGUGCCCAUGAUCACGGCCAGCAUGCGGAACUGGUUACACGGUGACGAGGAUGACCAAACGACGGGAAACGCAGCGCAGUCGAACCAACCGAGUACACACUCCGACAAAACGAAUGAUAAGAGCAAGAGGGUGGUUGUUGUACACUGCAAGGCUGGGAAAGGCCGUUCUGGCACCGCAGCCUGUUCUUACCUGAUCUCUCAGUGCAAAUGGACGGCAGAGGACGCCUUGGCUCAGUUCACCAAGAGGAGGAUGAGGCCCAACCUUGGCGCGGGUGUCUCUAUCCCCUCACAGCUGCGGACUAUCAGCUACGUCGACCGCUGGACCAAGGGUGGGAAGAAGUACGUUGACAGGGAGAUUGAGAUCCUCGAGGUCCACGUCUGGGGGCUUAGGCACGGCGUGAAGAUCAGCGUCGAGGGCUUCGCGGACGAGGGCAAGAAGAUCAAGGUGUUCCACACCUUCAACAAGAAUGAGAGGCUCAUCGUGCAGGGUGAUGCCCCUGGCGAAGGUGGUCUCUUAGACUUCGUGGGCGACGCUCUCAGCCCGCAGGGGGGCAAUGAUGACGAGAUAUACGAAGACGUCGAUUACAACCAGGUGGUCAAUGGCGACAAUCAGAAGAGCAGCGGUGCCAACAGCAGUAGCACUAGUAAGAGCUCCUCGCCGUCGCGCAGCCAGUCCAAAAAGGGCUCUCGUACCAGUCUCCUCCUUCGCAACCGCAGCCCCGCGCUUCCCAGGACUAAUACCAUGGCCUCAAACUCUGAGCUUGGCGGGAUGGCCGUCAUCCUGAAGCCGACAUCACCCAUCCGCAUUCCGAACUCGGACAUCUGUGUCUCGCUUGAACGGCGGAACCGUGCCCCAGCAUCUAUGGGACUGACAAUGGUCACGGCAGUUGCGCAUGUAUGGUUCAAUGCAUUCUUCGAGGGCAAAGGUCCUGAGCAGGACGGCAAUGCUGAUGACAGUGGGGUCUUUGAAAUCGAGUGGGAGAGGAUGGAUGGGAUCAAGGGAAGCUCGCGGAAAGGAACCAAGGCUGCCGACAAGAUCAGUGUCUUGUGGCGCGCCGUAGGGGUUCAGGGCCCAGCCGUGGAAACGCCAGGUGUUGUGAUCACGGAGCCCAGGGAGGGCAGUCCUGUCCCACAGAUGAAGCCUGCAGACUGGAAGGGUGCCGAUUCUGGGGACCCAGACCAGGGCAAGACUCUUGGGCUGCGAGAGGCAGACCCCGGUAGCGCAUCCGUGAGCAAGGCUAGCAGCAUUCGGAGUCAGGAAGUGGGCACUUCCGUCGGCAGCACGAAGGAGGCGGACGGGGCUGAAGAGUACCCGGACGACGAGAGCUUGCAGGGCGUCAAGGUUUCUGGGCCAACGGGAGAGGAAGACUUGGAUAUCGCACAAGAACGUGGUGUGGGAGAGCCCAGCGCCACCGCUGCCGAGCCAGGCGAGAGAGCACUAUCCGAACACGAAAAGAAGGUUGAGGCCACGAAAGGCCGGGCAGAGAACCCCGAAGACGCAAGCGGCGCUGCGAAGUCGCAAGAACAGAUUGCAGACAACUCACCAUCUGGACUCAGGGGUGGUGGUGGCAGUCCUGUGGAAUCGCCUGUUGGACAGAGCCCGGCGAAGGACGAGAUAUCUCAGGAGAAUAGUGCUGAUACUACUGUUCGUUCGGGCGAUACUACUCAUCUUGGUUUCGUCAAGCGCGGAAAGAAGCUGCUGCCAAUGCAUAAUAAGCACAAGAAGAAAGAUGGCUCCAACUCAGCAGACGAGAACGACGAGGGAAAAGACGCGAGAUUAAUGACGGUUCAUAUCACCAAAUGAAAGCCAUGGCCCAUUCGACUAGUUUGUUAUAUUAAAGGGAGCCUAGCUGGCGAGGGCAGUUCACAUUGGAAUUCCUAUAGAGCUUACACGUAAACAUAUAUACACACGCCAAU